AUGUGUCUCGCAUCAACAAAUCUCGAUGGUAUUCUUCCUCUAGUUGCUAGAGGUAAAGUGAGAGAUCUUUACAAGGUUGAUGAGAACUCACUUUUAUUUGUUGCCACAGACAGAAUUUCCGCAUAUGAUGUGAUUAUGAACAAUGGUGUUGCGGAUAAGGGCAAGAUCUUGACUCAGCUAUCUAUUUUUUGGUUUGAUUUCUUGAAGAAUGACAUUGAAAACCAAUUGAUUGCUUCGGAUGAUGCCGAGAUCUUGAAGAGACUUCCAGCAAAGCUCUCAGAACCAAAAUACAGCAAGCAGAUUGCAGGAAGGAGUUUGCUUGUCAAGAAUCUCAACAUGAUUCCACUUGAAGUUAUUGUCAGAGGAUACAUUACUGGAAGUGCCUGGAAGGAGUACAAAAAAAAUGGAACCGUUCAUGGUUUGCCUGCUCCAGAAGGUCUCAGGGAGUCUGAUCCAUUCCCACAUCCAAUUUUCACACCAUCUACCAAAGCUGAAUUGGGAAAACAUGACGAAAACAUAUCUCCGGAAAAGGCAGGUGAAUUAAUUGGUAAAGAUCUUGCUGAAAGGGUUGGAAAAGUUGCUGUCAAACUCUACUCCAAGGCUAGAGACUACGCCAAAACAAGGGGUAUAAUUCUUGCCGACACCAAGUUCGAAUUUGCUCUUUCCGACAACGGUGACAUUAUUCUUGCCGAUGAGGUUCUUACUCCAGACUCAUCCAGAUUUUGGAGUGCCAAAGAUUACAAACCAGGUCAGGCUCAAAAGUCAUACGAUAAACAAUUUUUGAGAGAUUGGCUUACCGCUAACAAGUUGAAUGGAAAGAAAGACGUGACAAUGCCAGAAGAUAUUGUGAAAAAGACCUCUGACAAGUACAUUGAGGCUUUUGAGGACUUGACUGGCAAGAAAUGGCAAAGUUAA